CAAUAUAACCUUAAUUUUUUGUUAACAAAAAGUAAGGUUAUAAUUAUUGAUAUUUUUUUAAAUAAAUCAAAAACAAUUGUUUAUUACUUCGAAAUAAAGAUACCAUCAAGACGAAGUAAACAGUUUUCCAUUUAAUUAAUGUGUUCUGCAGUUUCUCACUAUGAUUGGAAACCUGCCAAAAACGGUCCUUUGUACUCUCCCUAAAACGUUUACCAGAUAUUCUUCAACGACAGUAGAUGCAACAGAAAUCCAACAAUUUUCAAAGUUCGUCGAACAUUGGUGGGACAAAUAUGGACCGAUGAAGCCGUUGCACUCCAUGAAUAAACUGCGAGUACCAUUUAUUCGAGAAGGUUUGAUUAAUUCGGGAGCUCUGGAGCCUGAACAGAACAAAAAUCCAUUACCCCUGCUCGGAAUAAAUGUUCUCGAUGUUGGUUGUGGAGGUGGAAUUCUUUCCGAACCUUUGGCGAGACUGGGCUGUAAAGUUACAGGUUUGGAUGCCAAUCCUUCGAUUAUAGAUCAAGCUAAGCUCCACGCUAAACAACAAUUGUUGGAUAUAGAUUACGUAGCCAGCUCUAUAGAAGAACACGUAAAAGAGAACGGUGACAAAUAUGAUGCUGUUGUGGCAUCUGAAAUAAUAGAGCACGUUACUAACAAGGAUGAAUUUUUAAAUGCUUGUUUAGAUUGUUUAAAACCGAAAGGUUCGAUCUUUAUUACAACCAUAAGCAAAACUGCUUUGGCGAAUUUUACGGGUGUGUUUUUAGCAGAAAAAGUGUUUAAACUUCUUCCAGAAGGAACUCAUGAGUUCAACAAAUUCAUAGAACCCCACAAACUGCAGAGGUUGCUAGAAGAUAGAAAAUGCAAAACGAGUUUAAUACAUGGGAUGUGUUACAAUGUCUUUACUAAUACCUGGAGUUGGAGUACGGACACUUCGAUAAAUUAUAGUUUGCAUGCUAUAAAAUAUACGUGCUGAAUAUUGUUGUAUUAUAAAAUUUGACUAGAAUAGUGCUUUAAUAUUUAAAUGUUGUUAAAAAUUGUUAAUCCACAUUUAUUAAUAUUAAUAAAAAAAUUCUAAAGUA